CAACGAAACACAUGCACGUGGCGUGCUAAUCCAUAUCACGCGUGUACACAGCUACUGCUGCACGUCAACUUAUUUGCGCUGCUGCCGAGCUGAUCAUGUAAGUAUCAAUCAUGGUGAAAGGUUCGAGGAAGAACAAGGAAAAGAAGAAGGAUUUCCAGAAGGUCAAACUCAAAGUUGGCAAGCAGUUGGCCAAAGCAGAUAAUUUUACGGAUACAUCAUUCAAGUCUCGUGCUAUUCACAUCAGAGAGCAGCUUAAGACUUCAGAUAAGGAUGGAGGGGAACCUGUCACUUCGAGAAAACAGAACAUUCAAGAGCUUCUGUGUCAAGCCAACCAUUACAACGCCUCCAUCCGUAGCAGUGCUAUACAAGGUACCAAGACUCUCCUCACCACCAACCCCUCCCUUAUCCCGGAGCACCUCCCUACCCUCAUCCCCUCCAUCUCAACCGCCAUGACUGACAAGGAGGGGGUGGUUCGUCAGGCAGGUACCGCCCUCCUACGGGUCGUCAUGGAUACGCUGGCAGCUCAUCAGAUGGCCCCGUUCUUUCCUACCGUCUGCAUGCAUCUGUGCUGCGCCAUGACACACAUACAGGAAGAUGUCCAGCUUGAUUCUUUGGUUGUCAUGGAAACCAUUCUGCAACAUUAUCCAGGUUUGAUUGCUCCUCAUUGUAAGGAGCUCCUGACUAAUUUCAUCAAUCUCAUUGCUCAGCAGAGGAAUAAACUUGGUAGCUCAAGUAGCCUCAAGGUCAAUCCUAGCGGCAAACUUGCUGGACAGAAAUGGAGACUAAAGGUUCUCCAGAUGCUUCAGAAGUUUCUGGAUGUCAUGAGGAAGUCCAAAGAGAAGGAGCAUUUACCCGAGAGAGGUGAGAUGAGCCAAACUAUCAAGGUGGAUUCUACCGGAGCUAAACCAACAUACGCACCUAUCUUGAAAGCAAAUGGAGCAUUCAGUGGCAGACCAAAACCUUUUAUUUUGAGAACUGAUCAGUCCGUCUCCAACCUUGGUAUCGACUUCUUAUCUGAUCCUGAGGCCAUCCUGGGCAUGGCUCGUACCCUCAUCCCCCUGCUCCUCCAGUGCUGGGGAGAGGUCAACCUGCCUGCCAAGGGUCAAGGUCAAGGUGAGAGCGGGGUCACCCUAGGUCAGAAGGAGGAAGAGACGCUAGGUUGCGUAGUAGCCAUCCUACAGACUAUCUGGAGUCUCCUACAGAGAGCGUGUGAUGAGAAAGGCAAUGAUAGUGCUCUUGACGAGAUGAAGAAGACCUGCCAACGCAAAAUCAGUCAGCAGUUCCACCAAGGGUUCCCGUACUCACUCCACCACCACGCCCAUACCACCACCACCACGUCCAGGAGGGGCAGUAGCAAGCCCCCCGCUGGAUCAUCCCAUGGAUCAGCGACGCCCAUCAACCUGUCUGCCUGUAACCUGGUAUUGAGUAUCUUGGUUGUCGAGGGUACCAAGCCACGCCCUUGGAUGGGGAUGGUGAGGGAGUUCAUAGAGGAUGUCUUGAGGGAGGAGGAUGAUGGGGAGUAUCCUCUGGGUCAGGAGGAGCAAGAAGUCUUGAUGGAUGUGGUGCAGAAGAUGAUGAACAAACCUGGUGAUGAUGAGACGAGUGUUAGCCUUGAAGAUGCACUGUUUGUGUACUACGCGAGAGCACAUCCUCUCUCACAGCAGAAGCUAAGAGCUCUUAAAACUCUGAGAUCAAUCUGUCUUGAUAGAGCAAGACCAGAUGAUGACAACAUUUCUGAGAAGCUGCCAGCAUUCUUUGAUAGCCUAGGUGAGCUGAUAGAUGAAGCCAGGUCUAGCCCACUAGGUAUCUCAGAAGAAGCACUUCAUACCCUGCUAGUAGCAGCAUCAAGAGGUCACAUACAAGCUAUACAGUGCAUGGAAAAACACUUGCCACAAUGGCUUUCUCCUGAUAAUGCUGUGAUGGAGUGUUUAGACCAGUCAACUCAACGUCGACUGUUAGAAUGCCUCUAUCAUCUUCCAUCCCUUGAUUCGUCCCUCAUGAAGCAGCUUACGAGGUACUGCUGCAAGACAAACUCAGAUGUCCACUUUCCCAUGUAUCUCCUUGCAAACAGGUGCUUUGACAAUGUGUUUGGUACAUCCAGGAAACCUCCUUUGUCGCAUUCAGACUUCAUUGACUUUGUUUUCACCGUUUCUAUGGGCACAUCACCUGAAGACUUAUCAUCUCUUCUGAACAAGAUGGAGUCAUCAGCUGAGCCAUCAAACCACGCUCUAAGUAAAGCUCUUCAUCCCUUCUAUCACAUCGUCCAUGGCAACAGGGAGGUGGGGCUCCUGCAUAGAGCUAAUGCUGUCAACAAGAUUGCAAUGCAAGUUUACAGGAGGCACCCUGAUCCAGAAAUGGCCAUAGCGGGAGUUCUUGCUCACAUUCAAGAUACCUUGAAAUCCUUCCAUUGUCUUCCCAUCUGUACCGUCUUAAGCAUCUUAGAACACACAACCAUGCUUCAGAGAUAUCAUACACAAUCAUCCUCAUCAUCAUCAUCAGUACUCCAAAGCAUGUCACCAUCGAGAGAAACGUUGGACAGUAUAGACGGAAUGAUUGGAAGCCUUGCAUUCUUACUCUUGUACGAUGCUGCAGUCAGAAAUGUUGCCGAUUUGGCAGGCAGGGAGGAGGAGUAUGCGGUGGAGCUGUGGAAACAGGCCGUAGAUUGUGUGACAAACUUUGGAGAUGGGUCAGUCGGCUCACUAAUAGACUGUGCGCUCGCUGCAUGCAAAGACCACUCAGACGACAGGCAAGUUGCCAAGGUCAUAGUUCGUCUCCUACAGACUGGGGGUGUGAAGAGGAGGAUGCAGACACACAGUAGCAAACUCCUUGCAUUGGUGCAGCUCAUUGAGGUCAAUUUAGCCGCUCCAAGCGACAGUAGAUGGUUUGCAGAGCUGAAAUAUGAAGUCAGUCUUCUAGCAAAGGAAAUUCAACUGGAUAGAUGAAUGCAAGCAAAGAUACAUUCUACAGUGCUAUGCUGCAAAGGAUCUGUAACCCUUUCCUGGCAAUGAACAGCAAAUUCCACAGAGCAACACUGGCACCAGAAUUGUACUGUAAAUUUUGAACUGUAUUAUUUAAAGGGACUGGAUCGGCAGUUUCCAUGUGCAGCAGGCCAUAAUUCGCUGACACCAGACUUGGUGGAAAUACCAUUAAUGGGAGUACAAAUCUGCACACAGCAAACCUGUUGGCCCGUCAAGAAUUACCCCCUAAUCGCCCGGAGAGCUUCGGGUGAAGGAAAAGCGAAGCAUUACUUAAGGUAUAAUGGUCAUAAAACUCGAGGCUAACCCUGGUGAUUGACAACACCUGUUAUUGGGUAAACACCCGAACAGUGUUAAAUUCCCCAUGAGA